AUGAUAUCCCAAGCAACGCCCUGGACCGAUGGCGCAAUCAUCGCGAACACACCGCCGCCCCGAACUCGCAGCCAGCGCACCACCAUCUUGACACAACUGCCAUUCCACACAUUCGGCACCAGGGUCACUACUUCUGCGUUCAUGGUCUACAAAGGCAAGGAUGAGAUACUCCUCUCCGAGCUCAUUCUAAACCCUUCGCAUUCUAUCCUCACGCAAUCCUUCGACUCGCGCCUCCGCCUAGACAGACGGCGCCCACACAACGGCGACGGUUUCGGCAUCGGCUACUACACCUGCCCGUCCCUCGGUCCCACGCCCUGCGUCUUCACCUCCACAAUCCCAGCAUGGAACUGCAUAAACCUCUCGCGCAUCGCGUCCAAAACCACAUCGAGCCUCAUCUUCGCACACGUCCGCGCUACAACCGAGGGUAACCUCAGCGACAGUAACUGCCACCCCUUCAGCUACAAGAGCCUCAUGUUCAUGCACAACGGCGGUAUUGGGUGCUGGAAACAGAUCAAGCGCAGACUGGCUAUGAGUCUGGACGAGAAGUGGUUCAACGUUGUAGGCGGGAGUACGGAUAGCGAGUGGGCGUUCGCUACGUUCCUCGAUUGUCUCGAUAAAGCCGGUAUUUCACCCGAUAAAGAUGUGGAGCCUGGUGUAGGCUUCGGACAUACGGUGCUGCGCAAAGCGAUACUGAAGACGAUUGAGCGGCUCAAUGGCUUCAUCAAAGACGUCGUGGGCGAGCAAGGUGUCGGCGAGGAGGAUAGCAGGAGUUUGCUCAACUUCGCUGUUACGGAUGGUGUUAGCGUGGUAUGCUCGCGGUACGUGAGUAGCAAGACAGAUGAGGCAGCUAGCCUCUUCUUCAGCAGUGGAACAAGUUGGCGCGAACUCAACGCUCAGUCUCAGGACUCUGAUGCUGGUGUUCCUGUCGAUGAUGAGGAGAGGGAGAGGGACUACGUUAUGGAACGUAGGGACAAGGGGAGUGACAUUGUACUUGUGGCUAGUGAGCCGUUGACGUUUGAGAGGGAUAACUGGGUUACGGUCCCCACGAAUAGUACGCUUACUAUAUCGAAGCAGACGGUCAUGAUUCAUCCCAUUGUCGAUGAGUUUUACAGCCCCAACCCGGCGCACGAGCGGAGCGCGAACUUCGCGCAGGCCAAAGGGCAGACAGUCACGGGUAGUGAUAAGAGGGUCCUAGGUGCUGUUGUGGACGCGGCCUAG